AUGUCAGAAAAAUCAAAUGAAAUUAAGAAAACUAAAACUAUUUCACUUUACAAACUCUUUUCAUUUGCUGAUAAUAUUGACAAAAUAUUGAUGUUUUUGGGAACAAUAGGUGCUUUUGGCAAUGGACUAUGCCAUAUUAUUGCCCCUCUCAUGUUUGGGCAAUUGGUGGAUGCAUUUGGACUAAACCUAACUUCAAUUGUUCUUCAACAAGUUUCCAAGAUAACUUGUUCGAUGGAAUGUCUAAACAAAAUGCGUAUGUGUAGAGAGUCCCACAUCCCAGCUUUUAAGGCAGGGCAGGGCGCGGAGGUAUCAUUAAAACUUGUUUAUUUGGCCAUUGGUUCAGGUGUAUCAGCAACGCUUCAGGUUGGUUGUUGGACACUAACUGCAGAGCGACAAGCUGCACGACUAAGGGUGUUGUAUUUAAAAAGCGUUCUGCGACAAGAAGUUAGUUUCUUUGAUAAGGAAGUAAAUACAGGUGAAGUUAUUGGGAAAAUGUCUGGUGACAUUUUUAUCAUACAAGAUGCUAUGGGUGAUAAGGUGGGGAAAAUGAUAAGGUGCAUAACAAUGUUUGUAGGAGCAUUUUCUAUUGCGUUCAUCAAGGGGUGGCUUCUAGCACUUGUUAUGAUUUCACCUAUCGUUCCACUGAUAAUAGUUAUCGGUGUCAUGUUCCUCUUCAUGUCUAGACAGGCAUCCCAGUCACACAAAGCUUAUUCUAAGGCAGCCAAUGUAGUUGAGCAAACACUCGGUUCCAUCAGAACAGUUGCAUCAUUCACAGGUGAAAAGCAGGCUUUCGAGAAGUAUAACAAGUCCUUAAAAAAGGCAUACAAAUCGGGUAUACAUGAAGGACUUGUAAAUGGCUUAGGCUUCGGAUUGUCCCAAUUUAUUCUCUUCUGCAAUUAUGCUUUGGCUUUCUGGUUUGGUGGAAAGAUGAUCUUGGAGAAAGGUUAUACUGGAGGUUCGGUGUUGACCAUAACUCUAGCUGUGUUAAAUGCUUCAAUGUGAGUGUCGAUGAAUCUUCAAAUAAUGUUUAAUGUGAUGAUCUAUCAUUUACAUAUGUUCUUUUUUUUGGUUGGUAGGUCCAUCGGUGAGGCAUCUCCUUGCUUUGCUGCAUUUACAGCAGGGAAAGCUGCUGCGUACGAGAUGUUUGAGACUAUAAACAGACAUUCAGAGAUUGAUGUGUACAACAAUAGUGGGAUAAUUUUGGACGACAUCCGUGGAGAUAUAGAGAUAAAACAUGUCUGUUUUAGCUAUCCGAGUAGACCGACAGAGAGAAUACUCAACGAGUUUUCGUUGUUAAUCCCAAGCGGAAAGUCUACUGCUUUGGUUGGUGGAAGCGGAAGUGGAAAGUCCACAAUUAUUAGUUUAAUUGAGAGAUUCUACGAUCCACAAUCAGGUGAAAUUUUUAUAGACGGACGUAAUCUCAAAGAGUUUCAGGUUAAGUGGAUUAGACAGAAGAUUGCUCUAGUAAGUCAAGAACCUACAUUAUUUUCAACUAGCAUCAAGGAAAAUGUUGCAUAUGGGAAAGAUGGAGCCACCAAAGAGGAAAUCGAAGCAGCAAUUGAGAUUGCGAAUGCAUCUAAAUUUGUUAACAGACUACCCGAGGGAAUAGAGACAAAUGUCGGUGAACGUGGAACUCAACUCUCUGGUGGACAAAAGCAGAGAAUAGCUAUAGCAAGGGCGAUUCUGAAAGACCCUCGUAUUUUACUUCUAGACGAGGCAACAAGUGCUCUAGAUGCUGAAUCAGAGAGUCUUGUACAAGAAGCACUUGACAAAAUUAUGGUUGAUAGAACAACCAUAAUAGUCGCGCAUCGCCUCAGUACAGUGAGGAAUGCUGAUAAUAUUGCUGUCAUUCAUCGAGGCACAAUUGUUGAGGAAGGUAAACACUUUGAGCUAUUGAAAGAUCCUGAGGGAGCAUACUCGCAACUUAUUCGCUUGCAGGAAGUAAAUCAAGAAAAAGAGCAACUUUGCCUCGAUGAUUCACAACUUCUUUCUACCGAGUCAAGACCAGAAUCGAGUGAAAAUCAUGAUACUACAGAAGUUAAAGGAAUUCCUGAGACUAUAUUGACAAAAAGUUCAGAUGCGAAUUUAGAAGUAUCUAAAAAUCUCGAAAAAGGUCAUAUUAUUCGCCUUGCACAUCUGAAUAAGCCCGAGUUUCCUAUUCUUCUUAUGGGAGCAGUAGUUGCAACAUUUUCUGGUUCCGUCCUCCCGGCUUUUGGUUUAAUGUUUUCCAACAUACUUAAAGCAUUUUAUGAGCCACCUGAUGAACUAAAGAAAGAUACACAAUUUUGGUCACUCAUGAUUGUGGUUCUUGGAGCAAUAUUGCUGAUUUCAUCUCCACUAGAGACAUUUAUAUUUACCGUGGCUGGUUGUAAAUUGAUUCAACGAAUUAGAUCGAUGUGCUUUCAAAAGGCUGUCCACAUGGAAAUCGGUUGGUUUGAUGAGCCAGAGAACUCUGUUGGAGUGAUAGCCACAAAGCUCUCUAGUGAUGCAGCUAUUGUUCGAGUUCUAGUGGGGGAUGUAUUGGCAAAAAUAACUAAAGAUCUUGCAGCUGCAAUUAUCGGGAUUAUGAUUGCUUUUCAAGCAAGUUGGUUAUUGUCUCUUAUUAUCUUAGCCAUGGUACCGUUUAUGAUGGUCAACAUUUAUGUUCAGAACAAGUUUGCUAAAGGAUUUGGUACUGAUGCAAAGAAGUAUGAGAAAGCAAGUCGAGUAGUCAACGAUGCAGUCAGUAAUAUAAGAACAGUUGUUUCAUUUUGUGUAGAAGAGAAGGUGUUGGAGCUAUAUGAAAAGGGAAGUAAUGUCCCAAUAAUGUCCGCGACUGGAAAAGAGAUGAUUAGCGGUAUCAGUUAUGGUAUUACGUCUUCGUUCAUUUUCCUUGUAUAUGCAGCAAGUGGCUACGCUGGCGCUACCCUUGUAGAUAAUGGAACAAUUUCAAAUUCUGCUACUUUCCGCGUUUUCCUUGCUGUGUUUUUUACGUCUAUAGCUAUUUCUAGAUCAACCUUUAUGAAUGAUUUUACAAAAGCUAAGACUGCUGCUGCUUCAAUAUUUUCUAUAUUAGAUAGAAAUUCAAAGAUAGAUUCGAGUAAACAGGACGGUUUAACUUUAGACCAAAGCAAAGGAGAUAUCGAGUUUAAACAAGUGUGCUUUGCCUAUCCAACGAGGCCAAACAUCCAAGUUCUUAACGGCUUCAGCUUGACAAUUUCGAGUGGCCAGACAGUUGCUUUAGUCGGAGAAAGUGGCUGUGGAAAGUCUACAGUGAUCUCACUCUUACAACGAUAUUAUAAUUUUGGUUCGGGUCAAAUUAUGCUUGAUGGGAUUGACAUUCAAAAUUUCAAUUUGAAAUGGCUAAGGCAUCAAAUGGGGCUCGUAAGCCAAGAACCAAUUCUGUUCAACGAAACCAUCCGAGCCAAUAUAAUGUAUGGGAAGGAAGCUGGAGAUGCAAGUGAAGCAGAAUUAAUAGCUGCAGCAAAAUUGGCAAAUGCACACAAGUUCAUUUCUAGCUUACAGCAGGGGUACGAUACCAUGGUUGGAGAGCGAGGUGCUCAGCUUUCAGGUGGUCAGAAACAACGUAUCGCCAUAGCACGAGCUAUUUUGAAGAAUCCUAAAAUAUUGUUACUUGAUGAAGCCACUAGUGCACUUGAUGCGGAAUCUGAAAGGGUGGUUCAAAUGGCAUUAGAAAAAAUAAUGGUCGAUAGAACUGCGAUUAUAAUAGCACACAGAUUAUCAACAAUUAAGGAAGCAGAGGUAGUUUGUGUUAUCAAAAACGGAGUCGUUGCAGAGGAAGGAAACCAUGAUACUCUUCUGGGUAACGAAAACGGUCACUAUGCCUCUCUUAUUAAACAUCAUAUUGGGUAUAGAUAAUUUCAUUUUCUGUUCGUUCUUAAUACGUACUACGGAAAAGGGCCAAAAAUAGCAUUGGAACAUCGCAAAAAGGAUAAUUAAUUUGCCCUUUUGUUUACAUUUUCCCAAUUUUGUACCUUUUGUGAAAUAUAAGAUUAGCUGUGACAACUUUACUAUCACAAUACAAGACAAAUGGUAACUGGAGUGCAGAUCGAUGAAGAAGAAAGGGCAAGCACCGAAAGACAGGAAUGAUCAAAGAGAGGCCUGGUAUUUUACAUUAGAGUUUACCAGCGAUAGGUAGAACACCGGCUCACAAACCAGAUCCCUCCUUUUUUUUAGAAUUCAACAUUUAUGAUAUGUUUUGCAUCCUGUUCGCCCACUCGAAUCGCAUAUGUUGGUUGAGAAUUGCUUGGGAAUUCAUUCAUAAUGACUUUGUCAGGUUCUAGGGUGGCUACUCUUCAGGAAGUCAUUGCUAGUAGUAACAACUUGUCACGAUCCAUUGGUUCAUAUAGAAUCCGACUCACACAAACCGUCUUUUUUUUUCGAUUGAGGGGUCGGACUCCCUGAAAAUAUAGCAUCUCGUAAGUUUCCCAAAGAAAGACACAAAAAAGUAUCGGGAAAGGAAAAAACUUCCUCGUUGGGGCUCCGUGCACUGGGAAAAGGUUACGCGACAAGAAACUGACAAGGACUUUCACUUUCUAAAUAGAAAGGAAGAGGUCAGGCCCACCUUUCAUAAGAGUAGAAGUUGUUACUCAACACUUGUAUUUUGUUCGACCAAUUCGUUAGGAUUUUGCCUUGAUUUAUCAAAGGGAAAAUGGUUUGAUAUACCCCUCAACUUUGUCAUUUAGAGCUGAUAUACCCCUUGUUAUGAAAGUGGCUCAUAUAUGCCCCUACUUGUAAACAAAUGGC